AUGGACGUCAUGGACGGCAAACUACUCUCCGAGGCUCUGGCCACCGUCAAGAUCCAACUGGUCCAAAUGAAACGAUCACUCGAUGCCGACCAGCUCAUGGAUGCAUUGAAGAGUGCCAGCUCGAUGUUGGCCGAACUCAGGACUAGCAGUUUAAGCCCAAAACAGUACUACGAACUAUACAUGGCGGUAUUCGAUGCUCUCCGCCAUUUAUCGGCCUAUCUCUACGACGCACACAUCUCAGGAAAACACCAUCUGGCAGACCUCUACGAAUUAGUCCAGUAUGCUGGAAAUAUCGUUCCUCGAUUAUACUUGAUGAUAACAGUCGGGACGGUAUAUAUGUCGAUUCCUGAUGCGCCGGUCAAGGAGAUCAUGAAAGAUAUGAUGGAGAUGACCCGCGGCGUUCAACAUCCCACUCGAGGACUCUUCUUGCGACACUAUCUGAGUGGCAUGACUCGCGAUCACCUCCCGAUAGGCUUAGCUCCAGGUCCUUCCGGCAACCUCCAUGAUUCACUAGGUUUCGUCCUCACCAACUUCAUCGAGAUGAAUAAGCUCUGGGUUAGACUCCAACAUCAAGGGCUCAGCAGAGAUCGCGAGAAGAGGGAGAUGGAACGUAAGGAACUAAGGAUCCUCGUCGGUACCAACCUCGUCAGAUUGAGUCAGUUGGAUGGUGUCGAUCUCGAUAUGUAUCAGGGAAUGAUUCUCCCGGCCGUCUUGGAACAGGUAGUCAAUUGUAAAGACACUAUUGCUCAGGAGUAUCUGAUGGAGGUGGUUAUACAGGUUUUCACAGACGAUUUUCAUCUACGGACACUGGGACCGUUCCUAUCAGCCACCGCGCAACUGCAUCCAAAAGUGAACAUCAAACAGAUCGUGAUCGCAUUGAUCGAUCGACUGGCGGCCUAUGCGGCCCGCGAGGCAGAAAACGAAUCGCCUGAGGAAACUCGUCGGCAAGAGGAACUGGCGGCGCGUCGAUUGGCGGCCAAGAUCAAGGCUCAGAAGGAAGUUCGUUGGCAGACCAUGCAACGCGAGGAAGCCCGAGCAAAAUCUCAGCAAACCUCAAAGUUUUCUAAUCCGGAUUGGGCACCCACUGAGGAACAAUCCGCCUUCAAAGACGUCAACGGUCAUUCAUCCUUUCCUACUCCCCCAAAACCUGAAGAUGAACCUCAGGACCUCAGCUCUUCCUCAGUCACCUCCCCUCAACCCCCCGAAGCUGGACCAAGUAACCCAAACCAACCAGUUCGCAAGUUCCGUGGAAUACCAGAAAACGUCCCAUUAUUCGAAGUAUUUUGGCAUCAAGUUGUUGAGCUGAUCAGGGCUCGACCAGAUCUUUCUAUCCAAGACGUUACGGCGUUGCUCGUCUCUCUAACCAACUUGGCUCUGAGUUGCUAUCCUGAUCGGUUGGAAUAUGUCGACCAAGUGUUGGGUUUUGCUAAGAUGAAAGUCCAAGAGCAUGCAGAUAGUCCAGAUCUCCACCAUCCGGCGUCGAUCCAAAAUCUUCUAGCGCUCUUACUGGCGCCGAUCAACUCGUACCUGACCGUGCUCACUCUACUGGCCUUACCGAACUUCCAAGAACUGUUACUGGUUCAGCCGUUCCUUUCGCGUCGGGCGAUCGGCCACUCCGUCGUCGCCUCGAUCUUGAAAAACGAAACUCAUAUUGCUGACCCAGUCGAUUGUAAGGGUGUCCUGGAUAUGUGUCAUGUCCUCGUCCGUGAUCAGAGAGACGCCGGGGUGGGCAUGCCCACUCAAAUGGGCCAUCGUCAGCUCAUGGGAUCUAGAGGUCAACAGACCUAUGACCCUGAAGAAAUGGCUGAAGAACAGGGCUGGCUGGCUCGGAUGGUCCAUCUAUUACACAAUGAUGACCUGGAUGUGCAUGCUAAGCUUCUUCAAGAAGCCAGGAAAGCCUUUAGUGAGGGAGGAGAUCGAAUUCGAUGGACAUAUCCACCCCUGGCGAUUUGUGCGCUGAAGUUAGCCCAACGCUACCACUAUCGACAACAUUACAAAGCCGACUGGGACACGAAGAUCACGGCGCUAUUCAAGUGGAUCCACCAGGUAUUAUCGGUGCUCUACAACCGGGUAGAAUCGUCGGAGAUCUGUCUGCGGUUAUACUUACAAGCACUUCAGGCGGCCGAUGCGGCAGGCCUCGAGGAGCUGGCGUACGAGUUUGCAGUGCAGGCGUUUACGAUCUACGAAGAGUCGAUCUCUGAGAGUCGGGCCCAAUUACAAGCGAUCGUCCUGAUCAUUGGGACUCUACAAGCCUCGCGAGUGUUUGGGCCGGAUAACUAUGACACGUUGAUAACGAAAGCGGCCUUACACGGGGCCAAACUGCUCAAGAAGAGUCACCAAGCUACCGCCGUUGCUCUGGCUAGUCAUCUCUGGUGGCAGACCGAGAAAGUCGGGCCGGAGACAGAGGACCCCGCUGGGCCCGAAAAUAAGGAGCUCCUCAGAGACGGAAAAAGGGUCCUCGAAUGUCUCCAGAAAUCGCUUAGAAUCGCCACUAGUAGUAUCGAUGAACUCACUAGCGUUCAGCUCUAUUGUGACGCUUUAGAUCAGUAUAUUUAUUACUUCGAAAGACAUAAUGAAGCUGCGUACAUACGCCGAAUCGGUCUCAAACACUUCAGAAAUCAGCUCAAAUACGUCCAUGCCCGUAAGGAAAUCAUCCUCAAUGGCGACGGCGAGGGGCUCGCUAAGUUCGAGGAAAUCGAUAUCUCUGCUGCUAUGCUUAAGGUUGGCCUUCAACUCUAA